GAAAGCACUGAAGGAGACACGUGGACGAGGGGUCAGAGUACAGAGGUCAGAGUGGAGAAAAUGGUUGAGCAAGCGGAGAUCCGCGUGGUUCGCUGUGGUGGGAGCAAAAUAAACUACAGAGAAGCUAUAAUCACCUAUGAUUCAAAGUUUUUGCUGUGUGCGUCUGGGGACUCGGUGAAAGUUUACAGCGCAAGUACAGAAGAAUGUGUACACAUCCUCGAGGGACACACAGACCUAGUCACAGGGCUGGCCUUCAACCCAACCAAUCACCUACAGGUGUACUCCUGCUCACUAGAUGGCACUGUUCGACUGUGGGACUACACAGAUGGCAUCCUCAUUAAGACAUUGGUUAUUGGAUACAACAUCUCAGCCCUGUAUGUGGCACAGAAACAUGAAGGGGUUGUCUUUCUCAUUAUCCCCAUGGCAAGUGACACAGACUCGGAGAGCUUCCAGCUGGUAGCUGUACGUUUGCCAAAAUCUGCGGAACAGGAAGUGGAGGUCAGGGAGCUAUCCUCUGUUCUGGCUGAUGUCAGUCCCUCCCCCGGAGCCACCUCCUUCGGCAGAGGGGGUGAGUAUAUUGCCACCGCAGUUGGUCUCCAGCUCUCGGUGUUCUUCUUCAAGAAACAGAAAACGUACAGGUUCUUCCUGAAUGCCAGUGAUAAGAAAGGGGCGAAGAAUGCCUUCACUUGCGUCAGCUGCCACCCGAAAGAGGACUGCAUUGCCACAGGCCACCAGGACGGCAAAAUCCGCCUAUGGAGAAACUUCAAUCAGAAGAAGGAGUACACAUACUCCACACAGCACUGGCAUCACAACGCCGUGUCAGCGCUGGCCUUCACUCCCGAAGGUACUAACCUGCUGAGCGGAGGAAUCGAGUCCGUCCUGGUCCUGUGGCGCUACGGGGCAGAGAGCAAGGACCUGCUGCCGCGUCUGGGCUCGGCCAUCGAGCACGUCUCCGUCUCGCCAGACGGGGCGCUGAUCUGCACGUCUCACAGGGAUAACAAGAUUACCAUCAUCAACAGCAACUUGAAAGUGUCAGCGGUCAUACAGGGACUGGUCAAAGGGGAAGACGUCCGGACUGAUUUGAUUAUCGACCCGCGCACUAAAUCCUUAGUGCUUAACGGGAAACCGGGGCACCUGCAGUUCUACUCUCUCCAUCACGACAAACAGCUGUACAACCUGGACAUCGUUCAGCAGGAGUACAUCCACCAGUCAGGCCUGGAGCAGUUCGACGUGGUCAAGGCCGCCCUCGACCCCCGCGGCUCCUGGCUGGCCACUGUUGAGGAGCGGAGGGAGAAGACGUCCGAGCUGGAGUCCAGCCUGAAGCUAUGGGCCUACAACGAGCAGACCCAGAGCUUCGUGCUGAACACCAGCGUCUCGGCCCCCCACGAGGACCGAAUUACGGCCAUGUGCUUCAGCACGGACGCGGAGACCACCCUGCUGGUGACGGCAGGCAAGGACGGCCACUUCAAAGCCUGGCAGCCGGCCGAAGACUGGGACACGCACCGUGAUGGGAUCUCCUGGUCAUGUGACUUUGUGGGCAGCUACCACCAUCGGAGUCCCGCAAACUGCUGCUUCUCUGCGGACGGGUCCCUGCUGGCCGUCGGCUUCCAGGAGAUUGUCACGGUUUGGAGCCCUGACUCUUGGGAGCUCGUCCUGACGCUGUGCCAGCCUCCCGGGUACAUCAGGGACCUUUGUUUCGGGAGACUGAGCUGUUCCAAGUACUUGCUCGGUACCACCUCCAAAAACCUCCUCUGCUGCUGGGACAUCCUCACAUGCUCACUGAAGUGGAGCACCAGCAUGGAUGUGACUGUGCUCCAGGCUGACCCACUGUCUGAGAACGUGGCUGCCUUCUGCUACACGUCCGGAAAUACAGACUUGUUUGUGUUUAAGCCCAGUGAGCCGCGCCCACUUUACUCCCAGAAGGCCGUGUGCCCUGGUAAAGUGCACCGUGCGGUCUUUGCUCCACGGGAGAGGGCACUAGAGAGCUGUGAGGAGCGCGCCCAGUGGCUCAACCGAUCCCAGUUGUAUUUCAUGACGGAGCACAUGGAUUUAAUGACAUUCAGCACAAAGUCCGAGGAGGAUAAGAUAAUGGCUUCAAGGCAGCAGCUUGUGAUCGAUGACAGUGUUGCCAUGACGCCGUUCUACCUGUUGCUGGGGAAACAUCGGCAGCAGCAACAUGAGAAGCAGAGCUCACUGACGACUCCAAUGACGACGAGAGUCCAUCUUCCACAAGGGUCAAGUGCCAUUAGAGAGUUGCUGCACACCCCAGCCCAUGUCCUGCCUUCUGCCUCUGUCCUUUGCACCAUGUUUGUGAACUCUCUCCUCAUCUCUAACACCGGAGUCGGAGAGGGAAGUGAGGCCAAAGAAGAGGAAAUGGAGAGCGAGCCGGAGGAAGAUACCGACUCCGAAGAGGAAAUGGACUCUCGUGACUCCCGGCCGGCCCGUGCGAACGAGAUCUGCGCAGAAGAAGUUUCGCCGACCGUCUCCAAAGCCCAAGAGAGGCAGCUGAAGACAGCGCGAAAAACGGACUAUAGCUGGCUCUGCAGCUCCCUGUUCUCCUCGCUGUGACUGCGCUGAAAGCACCUUUACCCCCCACUCUUCAUUUUGUAUUUGUCUUUUGUUUGAAUGAAAUAAUAAACUUUUUUUUUUUUGGUUUAAA